AUGGCAGCAGAGGCAAGAAAUGUUUCCGGUGGAAAGGGAUGGUCGAAUGGGGACAUCUUCCAGUUGGUAGCUCUACUCAUAGGCAUUCCGGCAGCCGUAGUAGCGUUCGUCGUGUUAGCAGCGUAUUACAGACGAAGAAGGCAGCGACGGAGAGGUGAGACACUUUUUCCUCGGAGUGAUCGGGUACAAAGGCCGCUUGGAGCAUAUACUGCGUCACAAACACAGGAUCGCGUUCUUGGAGAAGCAGCUGGUAGUAGGGAUACGAAUCUGCUUGAAGGUGAAGAUGGUCUGUGGAGUAUUUUACCUGUG